AUGGUCUCCGCUCAAGGCAUCCAAUCGGCCAAGCAGACUUACAUGCGAAACAGCAAUACCACAUGCGGAAUUCCUUCGAAGCUGCUUCGCCACGAUGCCAAUGCAAGUUUAAUGAGAAAAUCAACUUCACCGACGCGUGAGGAGGCUAUUCUGAAGCCCGGCAAGAGUCGCGUCCAAGUCCGCCUCGUCAGAAGGCCAGUAGAGCAAGCCCAAUCCCGUCGCCUGGCGCCCGUUCUCCGGAUCAUCGGCGGCCAGAACUUCAUCAUGCAUGACGAGAUGUGUGACCGGUUUGUCUUCCAGGGACACUCACACAUGUUUUUAGUGUCAGUGAUGAACGGUAGCAGUCACACCGCCCGCCGAUCCGAUCAGACUCUGUGCCUUGUUGCCGUCCCGGGACCGAAGCCUGGUGGUCAUGAAACGUCAAAGGUGACAGUGGCAUACUUCUAG